UCCACAUUCAUAUUUUGAUCUCCACAAACUUCAUUUUCUCUAAUCACAUUUUCUUCUCCUAGUUUGAGUCACUUCUACAACCCUUGAAUACUUUUCUUCUCCCCAAGAAGUGAAACUACAAUAUCAUCAUGUUUCAGUGGCUUACAAAUUUACUAUGUGCUUGCACAACCAACACAAGCAAAAACACUGUCGACAUUAAUGAAUUUGAUGAAGAUCCUUUAGGGUGGUCGCGGGACCUGCUAGAACAACAAUUGGGCGAAUUCUCCAUGGCUGCGGUUAAGGCAAAUGAUGUUAUGGAGGAUCACAGCCAGCUUGAUGUUGGCAAGAAAGCACUCUUUGUUGGAAUUUAUGAUGGCCACAAUGGUGCUGAGGCUUCCAACUUCUUGAUUACUAAUCUCUUUGAGAAUCUAAUCAGGAUUAUUCAGGAGAAUAAUAAUAAUGUAUCUGAAAAUAUUCUGAGGCAAGUUGUCGCUGAAAUGGAGGAAUUGUUUAUGACUGAUGUUGAAGAGGGUAAUCAACAACGGCCAGAGCUAGCUCUAGUAGGUUCAAGUUGUCUGUUUUGUAUGGUAUGGAGAGGGAGGCUAUAUAUCGCUAACGUUGGAGGCUCUCGUGCUGUAAUGGGCUCUUUGGAUCCAUUUGAUAGAUUCAAUGUUAGGCAGUUGGUCGAAGAUCACAAUGCUCGUAACAGGCAUAUUAAAAAAGAACUCAAGAAGUUGCAUCCAAAUAAUCCGACUAUUGUGACAUAUAAUUUUGAUGCAUGGCGUGUUGGAGGCAUAAGUGAAGUAAGCAGAUGUAUAGGAAAUGCAUAUUUGAAGCGGGCACCAUUCACUCUAACCUCAUCCUUCCGAGUCCCACAGUUGGAACUUGCACCUUCUGAUUUUACCCGACCUUUGCUAUCAGCAGAACCUGCAAUAUCUUCAAGAGUCUUAAAUGACGUCGAUAAAUUCAUUAUAUUUGGAUCUGGUGGACUUUGGAAAUUGUUGUCAAAUUGGCAAGCAGCUGAAAUUGUUCACACCAAUCCACGAGAUGGAAUCGCGAAAAGGAUUUUGAUGACUGCUCUACAGAUUGCAGCUAGAAGAAAUAAUAUGAGCUAUAGUGAGCUUUCGAAGAUUCAUGAGACAUGGUGUUGGCGUAUUCAGCGGAAUAAUAACAAUAUGAAUAUAAAUAUUCUGAUGCGAGCUGUUGCCCGACUUGAGAGAGCUUUUUUGGAGUCUGCUGGAAGAAAUGUUUUUGUUAGUUCAGGUUGUUUGAUUUGUUUCAUACGGAGAGGGACAUUAUAUGCCGCCAACGUGGGAGACUCGCACGCUGUACUCGGUUCUCUGAUGGGAGAUAUUCAAGAUCUCUCUGAUGACAAAGGUUCAAUCGAGACAACUAGAUGUAUAGGAUAUGCAUAUUUGAAGAAGGAGAUCAAUAUCAAUGAAAGCGAAAUCCCAUAUUGGUAUUCGCUAGUAAUGACGGAUGCUUUAUCCACCACGGUAGCUCCAUUAUCCACCACGACGGAUGCUUUAUCAAUCUCUUUUAUCCUUCGACAAGUUGUCAUAAGUUACAUAGCCAUCUUCUUGUUAGGUAUCGAGCAUUUUUCUGUAAAGCUAGUAAUGAUAAUAGUUAUUGAAUUUAAUGAGAUGAAAAAUUAG